CCCCUCGGCUUGCAUCCCGGCGGCCUUUGCGUGAACAAAAUGGCAGCCCCCAUGUCUCGGGGCUUGUCCUGCGUAUCCAGGGCCUUGGGAUGGUGGUCUCGGCAGCCCAUACUGGUGCCUCAGUCCACAGCCAUAGUUCCAGUAAAAACAAGAACCCGUUUCAAACUCCCUUAUCCUGAACCUAAGUACAAAACAGAAAAGGAGUUUUCAGAAUAUGCCAGGAAAGCAGGAUUGGUUAUUCCCCAGGAACGGAUGGAGCGCCCUAUACAUCUGGCCUGCACAGCUGGAAUAUUUGACCCCUAUGUUCCUCCGGAAGGGGAUGCCCGGAUGUCAUCUCUUUCAAAGGAAGGACUGACGCAGAGAGCUGAUCGAUUAAGAAAGAAUGUGGCGUCACAAUUGGCAAUUCGAAAGAUAAAAGAAUUUGAUGCUAAUUUUAAAACAAAAGACUUCCCUGAAAAAGCUAAGGAUAUUUUCAUCGAAGCUCACCUCUGUCUAAACAACUCAGACCACGACCGGCUUCAUACCUUGGUUACUGAACACUGUUUCCCGGACAUGGUCUGGGAUCUCAAGUACAAGACCGUCCGCUGGAGCUUUGUGGAGUCUUUAGAGCCAGCCCAAGUGGUUCAUGUUCGUGCCUCAGGUUUGGUGAACCAGAGCAACAUGUAUGGCCAGAUCACCGUGCGCCUGCACACUCGCCAGACUUUGGCCAUCUAUGAUCGGUUUGGCCGGUUGAUGUAUGGACAGGAAGAUGUGCCCAAGGAUGUCCUGGAGUAUGUGGUGUUUGAAAGACACUUGAUGAAUCCGUAUGGGAGCUGGAGAAUGCAUGCCAAGAUUGUACCCCCAUGGGCACCCCCUAAGCAGCCCAUCCUCAAGACCUUGAUGUUUCCUGGUCCUCAGCUGAAACCAUGUGAAGAGUAUGAAGAGACACCAGGAGAGGCCCAUAAGCCUCCGCUAGCCUAAUGGCAUAAAUGACUCCUGAGGAGCCGAUGGGAGUUGGGGGGCAGGCAAGCCUGUAAUCCCAGAAUUCAGGAGGCAGAGGCACAUGGAUCUCUUGUGAGUUUGAGGCCAGCUUGGUCUACAGAGUGAGUUGCAGGACAGCCAGAGCUACACAUAAAAACUGUCUUAAAAAAACGAAAAAGUGUGCUCGCUACCUCUUACAGUCAUGACUGAUAUCUGGCCCUGGUAGGUGACUAGGAUGCCCAGCCAUGGAGCAUCUUCUUUUUCAAAUCAUAUUUAGCUUCUGAGUUAAAAUGAAAAGUAGUGUGUGAGAGAACAAACGUGAUGCUGGGGUUUUCACGGCAGGAACUGUGGGAGCAGACAUCUUUCUUUUUUUCUAACUAGAGGGGAGAUCGGCAUUUGAAAUAAAGUACUAUUAUUUAUCAAA